AUGAGCCGCCACUUUAGUUCGCAAUCUGCAUUCAGCUCAAGGAGCAGGCAGGGCUAUACCAACAGGUCUUCCUCAGGCUUUGGUGGUAGGAGUUGGGCUGUGGGGUCUUCGAGUCAGGCCUGGGGGAGGCCUGGUUCUGGUGGAUAUGGGGGCUAUGGAAGAGGGUUUGGUUCUAGAAGUCUUUUCAACCUGGGUGGCAGUAAAAGUAUCUCGUUUGGCCUGGUAGGGAGAAACGCCAGUGGUUUCCACCACAGUAGGGGAGUAGGAGGAGGAUUUGGAAUGGUCAGAAGGUUUGAGGGUCAUGGUCUUGGUAGUUCUAGUUUUGCAGGUGGGAGAUUUGGAGGUGGUCGUUUUGGAGGAGGGGGUUUCGGGGCUUCAGGAGCUGUUAAUUUUGGGCCUGCGGGCUUUGGUCCUUCAUAUUCUCCGGGUGGUAUCCAUGAGGUGACCAUUAACCAGAGCCUCCUAGAGCCACUUCACUUGGAGGUGGACCCUGAAAUUCAGAGGAUCAAGACCCAGGAGCGGGAGCAGAUUAUGGUUCUCAACAACAGGUUUGCCUCCUUCAUUGAUAAGGUGCGAUUCUUGGAGCAGCAGAACCAGGUGCUACAAACAAAAUGGGAGCUGCUGCAGCAGGUGGACACCUCGACACGGACCAACAACCUGGACGCCUUCUUUGAGAACUUCAUCGGUGGGCUGCAGAUGAAGGUGGAUCUUCUUAACACUGAGAAGAUGCGCAAGACCUCCGAGAUCAGGAGCAUGGAGGAUGCUGUGGAGGACUACAAGAGCAAGUACGAGGACGAAAUCAACAAGAGGACCAACACUGAGAAUGACUUUGUGGUUCUGAAGAAGGAUGUGGAUGCUGCUUUUAUGAACAAAAUGAACCUGGAAUCUAAAGCAGGCACAUUGCUCGAGGAGGUCAAUUUUCUAAAAUAUUUAUUUGAAAUGGAGCUGUCCCAGGUGCAGACCCACAUCAGCGACACCAAUGUUAUCCUCUCCAUGGAUAAUAACCGCACCUUGGACCUGGACAGCAUCAUCACAGCAGUGCAGGCUGAGUAUGAGCUCAUCAUACAGAGGAGCAAGGAUGAGGCUGAGGCGCUGUACCAGACCAAGUUCCAGGAGCUCCAGAUCUCAGCAGGGAGACAUGGAGAUGACCUGAAAAACACCAAGAUGGAGAUUUCUGAGCUGAAUCGCAACAUCCAGAGGAUGCAGGCAGAGAUUGCCAGUGUCAAGAAGCAGAUUGAACAGAUGCACUCUGCCAUUUCGGAUGCAGAGGAGAGAGGAGAGCGGGCCCUCCAGGAUGCAAAGCAGAAGCUGCAGGACAUGGAUGAAGCCCUGCAGAAUUCCAAGGAGAACUUGGCCCGGCUGCUGCGUGACUACCAGGCCAUGUUGGGGGCCAAGCUGUCCCUGGAUGUGGAGAUUGCCACCUACCGCAAGCUGCUGGAGUGUGAGGAGAGCAGGAUGUCGGGAGAGCAGCAGAGCCACGUCAGCAUCUCGGUGCACAGCAGCCAGGUGAGCACGAGUGGCGGCAGUGGCGGCGGAGGCGGCUCCGGAGGUUAUGGAGGUGGCGGCUACAGCAGCGGCGGGGCCAGUUUCGGCGGCAGCGGUGGUGGCUACUCGAGCGGCGGCGGCGGGAGCUACGGAGUCAGCCAUAGGAGCAGCAGCAAGUACGGCGGCGGCGGCUGGAGCAGCGGUGGCGGCAGGAGCAGCGGUGGCGGCGGCAGGAGCAGCGGUGGCGGCAGGAGCAGCGGCGGCUCCUCGCGCGUGCAGAUCAUCCAGACCUCCACCAACUCCUCCCGCAGGCGGGUCGUGGAGUAGAGGCCGAGCUGAGGCGGGGUCUAAGUCCCGCACCCCUAGAAGGCGUGGGACACCUUCUGUCGCAGCCCCCAGCCCCUCCACGCUCUUCCUGACUCUCACUUAGCUCUACCUGGUGGGUCUCAGCACUUUGGUCGAUACAUUCAGCUGUAGGUGGGGAAGUAGGGUGGCUAAGGCCAAUUAGCAGCUCUCUUUGGAGGCACUGACUUGGAUGUCACAGUCAGACAGCUCUUGCUCAGCCCUGGGGAGACUUCGGCCCCAGUUAAGAGGUGGAGGGAACCCAGAGUCGAUGUCAAGUAUACCAAGGGUCUUACUCCCAGGCUCUUUCUCCCCACCUGGGCCUCUCCACCAACAGCAAUCCAUCCCUCUGGGACCUGGAAAUGAUCCCUGUGGGCAAGGGGCUGAUUUCUACGAAACUAGCUUGGUAAGGUCCCAUUGUACCAGGGCCAAUUCCCGCCUCUUGGACAGUAGCCUCACAGUUCUAUGUUGACGGCAGGCAUAGAUUUGCUGCCUACAUGGUAUGCCUGUAGGUCAUACCUGUCCUGGUCCUGUCCCCAGAAAUGUUAUCCCCAGCCCCAGAUGGGAGUAUUUCAGCAGCCAGGAGAGCACAUCCUGUUUGAAGGAGGAAGGAGGAGUACAUCCUUGUCCAAGGGGAGGAGUGUUCUUAGCAACUGGAGAGUGAUAGACAGUCAGGCUCUACUUCUAUCCUGCCCCUCCAGCCAGCUCUGUUCUGCAGAAGCCUGUCCCUUUCCAGAAUCUUCCCCAUUAGGGCUGUGCCAAUAAUUGGCCCAUGGGCUGGGUACCUGAACCCCAGGCCUGAGCAGAGUGAGCAUCUGGCUUGGAUUUUGGGCUUGAGUCCAUCUGAAAUCUCCCCAUUUUUUAAAAAGGCAGUUCGAUGUUUUUCUCUAAGAUCUUAUAAGUUCCUCUGCCUUCUGUUCUCUGUGGCUCUGAGUACUUUGUGAGAUUGUAACUCUUGAUUUAGAGGCAUAUGUAAAAUGCUUGGGGUUUGCUGGAGGUGCAGGAGGGGGACAGCACUGACAGAGGAAGUGUGGCUGGCGUCUCACAUCUGGAGUCUACCUCAUGAGCUUGCUGUGUCUGAGUGCAACCACUGAGUCCAUGCUUGUCGGGGCAGCUGAUGGGUGCUGGAUGAGUCCCGUGGGGGAGGGUGUGGGGCUCCAUCAUUUCCUGGUCGCAAGUUGUAUCCUUGGGGCU